UUAAGAUUUCGAUUAGCUGGACUUAAAGAAAUUUAAAGUGCUAGCUCUAGUCCGUUGAAAGGGCAAUUUUUGAGAAAAUUCUGGUUGCCUGGCAAAACCGAGAUGUCUAUUAAUUGCUGCAGAACGUAGCUAUUUUUCCCAAAUAACAUGUUCAUAAAUUCCACAAUCUUCCUUAGUUAUGUCGGCAGUGUCGACUAUGAAAGGGUACAAUUUUCCCUGGAAGAGGUCGUCCAGUAUGCUAAUAUCUGCUCUCUACUUCCAUUAGUUUCAAGUUUAUAAAUGUCAGUUAUUCGUGAGCCUUUACCCGACAUAAAGAACUUGGAUUUCCCGGUUUGUUUGGGUUGCAAGAUUACUAAAACCCGAUUUUUAUAGAUAGUAGAUGUCGCUUAACAGUUUCCGUUCCAGCGGUCAAGUUCUGUAGCGACUGUGUGGUGUUCUGAAUCUUAGUUGCCAUAACCGUGGUUUGCUGAUGGAGUAAGUUAAAUGCUUGCGAUUCCUUAAGCUGUAGUAUUAAGAGCUGCUGAGCUGCGUCUUCGUUGUCCAUGGAGACAAAUUCCCAGUUUGCAAAUCUCCCUAUCGCAUUGGUAGCUGGUUUGGGUCGACGUUCCGCUUGUACCAGAUGGAGCAGCAUUAUACACAAACUACCAUUGUCGGUCACCAAGAUUUUUGGGAUUUGGGAUUUGGCAUCGAGCAAAUAUAAAUAUUUUGCCGUUGUUUCGACUUCAAUGUCUGGUAAUGGCCCCCCGAUAUUCAUGUUGACCUUCUUGAAAGUUUUUGACGUGAUGACGUCUUAUAAAUCGAUUAGCAUUGGCUGCACGCAUGAAAAAGUGUCCUCCUUUGCGGCGAUUUCAACACAAGCGUGAAAAAUGAUGAUGCAUUCCUCAAGUACAUGAACGAUACGUACACCUCGAAUGCGUAUCAACAGUUAAUAAGUCAACAACGCUUCGAGGAGCAACCAUCGAUUUGACUUUUUCAAGACACAUUACACUUGAAACAUUCCCCUUGAUUUCAUCCUUUUCCUAUCAUCGGCCUAUCCUUAACAGAAUAACGCAAAUUGGAAGAUCAUAAAUAUGACACAUGUCUAUAAGUUGUAAAUCAAUUUUUAAUAGCACAUUGUUACUUGUAAUUAAUCUGUAUAAUGUAAGUAAAAACAUAUUUGAAUUAACGACUGUAAAUAAAUGUUAAUUAAUUGAAAAAAUUGUAAUUUUCAAUGAACUCCUUCUUUGUAUUAUACAAAAUAAUAAUAAAUCAGUGAAGAAGGGAAGGAUUUUCCCAUUAACCUACCACCGGUCACCACCAACAGCGCCCCUUUAGUUUUUAAGUAGGUAGGAUCGUCCGAGCCUAAAUG